CGACGCAAAAGCAACGAAGAGCAAUUCAAGGUCAAUGCGGACGUUUUGAGCAAGCUUGAGGACGCUGAAGGCUCGCUGUCAGUUGAAAACAUGGAAGAAACCAGGCAGAGUAUUAUUAGCGCAAAAUCGUUGCUUCAGCAUCGCCAGAAGAUGAUUAAGUUGGCCGAUGCAUCGGAUUUAGGAUGGAAGGUCGUAUCAGAAUACGAAACCAACCCGCUUGCUAGUGAUAGUGACGAUGAAAAGAGGAUGUACAAGGCAGAAGCCCGUGCUAACAGGAAGGCGAGAGCAGACAGGGCCAAGAAAGUCAGGGGAUCUAGGUUCAAUCCUUAUCGUAAGAGGGCAUCGUCACCACAGGACCGAAGAAUUGGCGGUUUUGAUCCUGUUCAAUCUACAGGCACAAGACGUAUUCCUCCAGGACUUUGUUUUGCCUGUGGAAAAGCAGGACACUGGAAGGGUGCACCGGAAUGCGCAGCAAAUAUAUCAAAUAAUAAGAUAAGUACCUAUUAUGUUAAUAGUGCUAUAAGUUAUGUUAGUUCUGCAGACACGGAGUCUGAUACAGGUGAGUCAAUCCUGAAUAUGAAUGUAAAAUUUAAGAGUACUUUGAAAACUAAAGGGCUUGUUAAGUCUGACAUGGAUGAGGUCUGUAAAAUUAGUGAAAAGGCACCGGAAGUGCAUGUCGAGCUGCACUCUGAUGACGUCAUUCCUUAUCCGGAAGUAAGUAAUAUGCAGGAAAUGUCUGUUCAGGCUCCGGAGGAAAUAGUUUCACCUGUCGGUAGGUUGAAAAGUUGUUAUAACAAGUGGGAAUCGGUGUCUUCCAGUGAGUAUAUCAAAAAUGUUAUAAAAGAAGGCUACAAGUUGCCUUUUAAAGAUAUUCCUGAGAAAGUAGUGUUACGAAAUAAUAGGUCUGCGAGAGAAAAUCCUGUUUUUGUAAAGAGCGAAAUUUAUUUUCUUUACUUAGGAAAGAAAUUAUUUCUGAGGUAGACGAAGUCCCUUAUGUUGUUCAUCCCUUAACGGUUGCAUAUGGAAAGUCCGGCAAGCCUAGGCUAGUUUUAGACUGUCGACAUAUAAAUGAAUGUUUACAUUUGUUUAAGGUCAAGUUUGAAGACGUUAAUGUCGCAAAGCAAAUUUUCGCUGAAAAUACAUUUCUAUUUACUUUUGAUUUAAAGGGGGCAUACCAUCAUGUGAAUAUAUUUCAACCACAUAGAACGUAUCUAGGGUUUUCUUAUCAAGAUGAAAACACGAUGAAAUACAUUUUUUGUAUUAUCACUUUAAUUCUCUCCCCUUUGGGAUUCGAACCGCUGGGCAUAUAUUUACAAAGCUUUUAAGGGAAGUUGUAGCUAAUAUCAGAGGUCAUAGUCAUAGAAUAGUGAUGUUUUUGGAUGACGGCAUAGGAGGCCACACUGACUAUGAAUUAGCAGUAAAUUCAAGGCAGUUUGUUAAAAAUACUGUCAUGGAGUUCGGUUUCUUGUUAGCAAAUGAAAAAGGUUGUUGGGAACCUUCAUAUGGUUAGGUCGUGUAUUUGAUAUGGUAGAUAAUAAAGUUUUUAUCUCAGAAGAACGGAUGUUUCGAUUAGCUAUUAAGAUUGAAUCUAUUAUAAAGCAAAUAGAAUCGAACCCGGAAAGAAUUGUGCCAGUUAGAUUCUUAGCUUCUGUGAUAGGUCAGAUUAUAUCACUUCAAAGUGUGAUAGGUAGCAUAGCAAGGCUUAAAGCAAGAGAAUCUUUUAAAUGUAUCAAUACACGGGCUAGCUGGAAUGCUCCUGUGAAAGUCACACCGGAAGUGAUGUCAGAACUUUUAUUUUGGAAAGAUAACGCCAAUUUAUUAAAUGAAAAAGGUUGUUAUUUAAAGAGCAUAGUAAGUUUUAAUUUCAACAUAUUUGUAGACGCAAGUUCAGUUGGGUACGGUGGUUAUCUUGAACCGGUAAGUGAGGAUUGUUUUCCUCAGGAAUUUCAAGGUAUAUCAAAUACUGAUUUAAUAACUGAAGAGAUUGUCUCCCCGGAAGUGGAGUCUGGAGGUAUCCCGGAAGUGAUACAUAGUAAUGUCAAAGGUGUUCAGGAUACUGGUCAUAAAUCCCCGGAUGAGGAUAAGAACCUCGGAAAAGGUAGUACGGAAGUCGUAGGGUCUUGGUCACGGAGAGAACGAUUAUUGAGUUCUACCUGGCGGGAGGCAGAAGCAGUUCGAAGAGUUUUGUAUACUUAUAGAAAAGAGCUUAAAGGCUCGUGUGUUAAGGUUUUUUCUGAUAACAGAAACGUUAAGUCUAUAUUAAAACAUGGUAGUAGUAAGACAAAUUUACAAAACAUAGCCUUAGAUACAAGAGCAUAUUGCGAUGAAAAUGACAUUGCGAUUUAUACUGAAUGGAUACCGAGGGAAGGUAACGAAAGAGCUGAUUACUUAAGCCGUUGUGUAGAUAGUGAUGAUUGGGAAGUUAGUACAGAAGUUUUCUGUUAUUUAGACAAAAUUUGGGGUCCGCAUACUAUUGAUAGAUUUGCUUCACAUAUGAACAAAAAAUGUACUAGAUUUAAUUCCAGAUGGUGGGUUCCGGGAACAGAAUCGGUAGACGCUUUUUGUCAAAAUUGGUCAGGGGAGACAAAUUGGCUUGUACCCCCUCCAAGAGUUAUUUCUCUUUGUUUAGAAAAGAUAGCUGCAGAAAAAGCUGCUUGUACGUUGAUCAUUCCUAAAUGGAAGAGCGCUCCAUUUUGGCCAUUAUUAACUGAAGAUAGUAAAUGUGGUUUAAAACAGCAAAUAAAUCUGGGUAGAUUUCGAAUACUUACGAAAGGCAGAGGAAAUAAUGGUAUUUUCUCGUUAAAUCCGUUACCGUUUGAUAUGCUUGCCCUGAAGUUUGGCUAAAUGUUAAUAUAACGAUAUUGUGUUAUAUUUAUGAUAAUCAUAUAUAGUGUGCUUAAUGUAAGUUUUCUCCUACAGGUCUUGACUUGAGAGAUUCCUUAAAGCGGAAGCUGGAGGAGGCUGGGGUGAGUGAUCAUCAGUCACGUGAUGUAGCGGGCAGUAUGAACAAAUAUCUUUUACAGUCGAAAUCUGAAAAUACUGUGAAAAAGUACAGGGGUUAUUUUAGACAUUUUCAAUCAUUCUGUAAAGAUAACAAUUUAGUUGAUUUACCAGCUCAGCCUAUUUGUGUUUCUAUGUACAUUACGCAUUUGUUAGAUCAAGGAAAGUCAUACAGUGUCGUAUCUUCUGUUGUGUAUGCUAUAAAAUGGAUGCAUUCUCUCAAUGACGUAAGAGAUCCUACUGAACAAAACAUUGUUAAGCUUAUGUUAGAUGCAGCUAAAAGGAUCGCAUCAAAACCUAGGGAAAAGAAGGACGUUGUUGAUAAUUUUAUGUUACAUGAGCUCUGUGAAAAAUAUGAGAAUUCUCAGGAUACUAUAGAAAUUAGAGAUUUAUGUAUGAUUAUGUUGGGGUUUGCGGGUUUUUUGAGGUAUAACGAGAUUAGUAAUCUACGUUGCAAUGAUAUUGUUUUUCAUGAUAAUCAUAUUUCGUUGCGUAUACGUAGCAGCAAAACUGAUCAAUAUAGAGAAGGUAGAGAGGUAGUAAUAGCCAACGGUAAAACUUGCGCAUGUCCUGUUUCAUUGUUAAGACGCUAUAUUUCUAUAGCAGAUCUUUCUGUUAAAUCAGAGGAUUUUUUAUUUAAGCCAGCAUUUAGAUCUAAAAAGGUUGCUUCUCUUAUUCUAAAAAAUAAAAAGUUGAGUUAUACAAGAGCUCGAGAAGUAAUUGUUAAGAAGUUAAAGUCUGUCGCUCCGAACGCAAAGUUAGGUACUCAUUCUUUAAGGGCUAGUGGGGCCACGAUGGCUGCAAAUACUCCUGGUAUGUCUGAUAGAUGCUUGAAGCGUCAUGGGCGCUGGAAAACAGAUAUUGCUAAAGAUGGCUACAUAGUAGAUUCGCUUGAAAAGAAACUUAAAAUCACACAAGCGUUAAAAUUAUAAUGUAUAUUUUAUCAUAAAGAAAUCAUGUAAUGAUUUGGGAAAGUUAUAAUUGUUUUAGAAAUUGUUAGAUGAUAUUGUACAUAAUGAAGGGAUCGGCUAAAUUUGAAUUUGAAAUAUUCACCACCUAUGCUUUGUAAUUUUCUAUAAUCAAUUCUCGAAAUGCACAACUGUGUUGUUGUUUUAUGAUAAGGUAGAGAUGAGACUUUCAAAUUAUCCGCGUUACAUCGUAUAGCGGAUAAUUGUUGUCUUGUCCUUACCGUGUUAAUAAAACUGGAUUGGUCAGUUUUUUGCUUGACUGCGUCGGAGUAUAUAUAGUCACAGGGCGUGACUAGUAAUCAGUUUCUAUCGAGUAUCUCACAGAGAACAGCCAUUAUCUUUCACAAUUCAAAUUUAGCCUUUCGAAAUAUUGAUGACUUUGUAUUAAAGCAUUAUUUGUUGAUGAUGCAUGUUGCAAUGUUUUCACAAAGCGGACGUGAUAUAAACCCAGGGGUUGAUGAAGGCGACUUUAUGACCGGACAGAGCAUGGGUCCUCCUACGUCCCUGCUGGUUUGUUGUAU